AUGGACGCUGCCAAAGACGAGUUUCUCAAAGAGUUCGGUGAACAUUACGGCUAUCCCAACGGUCCCAAAACCAUUGAUCAAAUUCGAGCUACUGAAUUCAACAGAUUAAAAGAUGUUGUAUACUUGGAUCAUGCUGGUGCAACUUUAUACUCUGUGUUGCAAAUGGAAGUUUUCAGUGAUCUCACUAGUAAUGUAUAUGGAAAUCCUCAUAGCCAAAGUGACUCCAGUUCUGCAACUCUUGAGAUUAUGAAGGAUGCCCGUCAGCAGGUCCUUGACUAUUGCAGAUCUCCCAAAGACUAUAAAUGUAUAUUUACCUCUGGGGCAACAGCAGCACUGAAGCUAGUUGGAGAGGCUUUUCCAUGGAGUUGUAACAGUAAUUUUAUGUAUACAAUGGAGAACCAUAAUAGUGUUCUUGGAAUAAGAGAAUAUGCUCUUGGUCAAGGAGCUGCGGCCAUUGCAGUAGAUAUUGAAGAAGAUGUACAUCCUGGAAUAACUAGAGAAACAAUUUCUACGAAGAUAUCACUGCACCAAGUGCAAAGGAGAAAAGUAGCUAGAUUGUUUGAGAGAGAGCCAACAGGUGAUGUGUAUAAUUUGUUUUUUGCCUUUCCCUCCGAGUGCAAUUUCUCAAGGAUGAGAUUUGGCCUCGACUUGGUGCAGAUGAUCAAGGAAGAUUCGAGCAGGAUUUUAGGAAUUUCUUCAGCUUGCAAAAAUGGACAAUGGAUGGUCUUGAUUGAUGCUGCAAAGGGAUCUGCUACCAUGCCACCUGAUCUAUCUAAGUAUCCUGCAGAUUUUGUCGCAAUUUCAUUUUACAAGCUGUUUGGCUAUCCAACUGGACUUGGUGCUCUCAUUGUUCGAAAUGAUGCUGCCAAGUUGCUGAAGAAGACUUAUUUUAGUGAAGGAACGGUUGCUGCAUCAAUUGCUGACAUUGAUUUUAUUAAAAGAAGAGAAGGUAUUGAAGAACUGUUUGAGGAUGGCACUGUUUCAUUCUUGAGCAUAGCAUCUAUCUGCCAUGGCUUUAAAAUCCUGAAUUCUCUUACUGUACCAGCAAUAUCAUGGCAUACAACAUCUCUUGCCUUGUAUACAAGGAAAAUGCUUUUGGCCCUGAGGCAUGGCAAUGGAUCUAGUAUGUGCUUCCUCUAUGGACGUCAUAAUUCAAUGUUAUGA